AUGUCUGAAAAUAAUUCGCACAACUUUGAUGAGCAUGAGUCCCAUAGCGAAAACAGUGAUUAUAUGAUGGAUACUCAAGUAGAAGAUGACUACGAUGAGGAUGGCCAUGAACGGGGUGAAUACUCUUAUUAUCCUGAUGAGGAUGAAGAUGAACAUAUGCUUUCUAGCGUCGGAAGCUUUGAGGCAGAGGAUGAUGAGGAUGAUGAUAACGAUUACCAUCAUGAAGAUAAUUCUGGACUUUUAUACGGAUACCAUAGAACUCAGAAUGGCGAUGACGAAGACAGAAAUGGAGAAGAAGAAGGACUUGAUCAUUUUCAAGAUAAUCGUGAAUUUGGCAGCAACCCCUUUCAUUUACCUGAUAUUUUGGAAACAUUCGCACAAAGACUAGAACAAAGAAGACAAACAGGUAGAGAACAGGGGCAAAAUCCAGCUGGAAGAACACUACCUGAGAUUUUAUCGAUGAUUGGAGGAAGAAUGGAGAGGAGCGCAGAGAGUUCGGCAAGGAAUGAGCGGAUUUCUAAACUGAUAGAGAAUACUGGAAAUGCCUCUGAAGACCCUUAUAUUGCAAUGGAAAGUUUAAAAGAACUCUCAGAAAACAUCUUAAUGAUGAACCAAAUCGUCGUUGAUAGAAUUAUACCGAUGGAAACAUUAAUAGGGAAUAUAGCUGCCAUCCUCUCCGAUAAAGUUUUGCGGGAAGAAUUAGAAUUACAGAUGCAAGCCUGUAGGUGCAUGUAUAAUCUCUUUGAGGUCUGUCCCGAAUCUAUUUCAAUAGCUGUUGACGAACAUGUUAUACCUAUUUUGCAAGAAAAAUUGGUAGAGAUCAGUUAUAUUGACCUUGCGGAACAAGUUUUAGAAACUGUGGAAUACAUUUCUAGAGUACAUGGAAGAGACAUUUUACAAACAGGCCAAUUAUCAAUUUAUGUUCAAUUCUUCGAUUUUUUAACUAUACAUGCACAGAGGAAGGCUAUCGCAAUUGUUUCGAACGCUUGUAGCAGUAUCCGGUUGGGUGAUUUUAAGGCCGUCGUUGAAGUACUUCCAACCCUCAAACCAAUUUUUACUAAUGCGACGGACCAACCAAUAUUAACCAGGCUUGUAAAUGCCCUGUACGGUAUUUGUGGAGCGUUGCAUAGGGUCGAAAAAUUCGAGACCCUGUUUUCGUUGGAUUUAAUCGAAAGAAUAGUUCGGCUGGUUUCUAUUCCGGACACCCCAUUGGAGAAUAAACUGAAAUGUUUAGAUAUUUUAACUGUAUUGGCAAUAAGCAGUGAUGUACUUUCAAGAGAACUGAGAGAGAAAACUGACAUUGUUGAUAUGACAACACGGUCAUUCCAGCAUUAUAGUAAAAAUUCUAACGCGGGGUUACACGAAACACUGAUUUAUGUCCCAAACAGUUUAUUGAUUAGUAUUUCUAGAUUUAUAGUUGUAUUGUUUCCUCCCGAGGAUGAAAGGAUACUGUCUGCGGAUAAAGAUACCGGAAAUAGCGACCGCGAAGUCAUUUCUAACCAGGAACGAUUCGAUUCCCUAGUUCAGUGCCUAAUUCCGAUCCUCGUUGAAAUUUAUACAAACGCUGCUGACUUCGACGUAAGAAGAUACGUGCUAAUUGCCUUAACAAGGGUUGUAUCAUGCAUAAACAACUCCAUAGCGAAGGCAAUCAAUGAUCAACUUAUCAAACUAAUUGGAUCCAUCUUGGCCCAAAAAGAAACAACAUUUAACGCUAACGGCACCCAUUCAUCGGAGGCCGGUACGCUAUUGGUUGGUGGUCUCUCGUUGCUUGACUUAAUUUGUAAAAAAUUUGCCGAACUGUUCUUUCCUUCCAUCAAAAGAGAGGGCAUUUUCGAUUUGGUUAAGGAUUUGUCUGUGGAUUUCGAUAACAUUGAUUUGAAGGAGGAUGAGACCGAGAAUGUGUCACUUUCUGAUGAAGAAGGGGAUUUACAUAGCAGUAUUGAGGAAUGUGAUGAAGCUGAUGAUGACUAUGAUUACGAGUUUACUGAUAUGGAAAUUCCUGACUCGGUCAAACCAAAAAAAAUUUCAAUACACAUUUUCAGAACUCUGUCUUUAGCUUAUAUCAAGAACAAAGGUGUGAACCUAGUUAAUAGGGUACUUUCUCAGAUGAACGUCGAGCAAGAGGUAAUAACGGAGGAGCUCCAUCAAAUCGAGAGCGUUGUUUCUAUUCUAGAAAAUCCUUCCACUCCUGACAAAACCGAAGAGGAUUGGAAGGGAAUCUGGUCAGUUUUAAAAAAGUGUAUUUUCCAUGAAGAUUUUGACGUGUCAGGUUUUGAAUUUACUUCUACAGGGCUAGCUUCAUCUAUAACUAAAAGAAUCACGUCCUCGACUACAUCCCGUUUCAUUCUUGCAAAAUCGUUUUUAGAGGUGUUUGAGGAUAACGUUGAGAGAUUUUUAGAAAUUCUACAAUCUGCUCUCACAAGGCUGGAGAAUUUUUCUAUAGUUGACUGCGGUUUGCACGAUGGUGGUGGCGUAUCCUCAUUGGCUAAAGAGAUAAGAAUUAAGUUAGUUUAUGAUGGCGAUGCAAGCAAAGAUAAUAUUGGUAACGAUUUAUCAUCCACUAUCGUCUCAGUCCAUUGCAUAGCUUCUUUUACCUCACUUAAUGAGUUUUUGAGGCAUAGAAUGGUGAGAAUGCGUUUUUUAAAUUCAUUAAUUCCAAACCUUACGUCUUCUGGUACUGAUGCUGAUAGGGAAGAAGAGGAAAAUUGCUUAGAUCAUAUGAGAAAAAAGAAUUUUGACUUCUUUUAUGAUGAUGAGAAAGUUGAAAUGGAGUCCACGGUAUUUGGUGUUAUAUUCAAUACAUUUGUCAGCCAAAAUCGUGACUUAAAAAGUUUAUGGAGUGAUACCCAAACGAUCAAAUUUCGCAAAAGUUUAGAAGAUAACAAUACAGAGCGUGAUCCAGCCGAGGAGCCUAAAGAAAUGAAAAAGUUGAGAGAUUUUUAUAAAAAGAGAGAAUUUGCUGAGAUUGAUACUGGAUCCUCAGCCGAUAUUCUCACAUUAUUGGAUUUCCUGCAUAGCUCCGGUGUCAAAAGUGACUGUUUCAUCAACUCAAAACUAAGUGCUAAGCUCGCUAGGCAAUUAGAUGAACCAUUGGUAGUAGCGAGUGGGGCUUUGCCAGAUUGGUCACUAUUUUUGACCAGAAGAUUCCCAUUUUUGUUUCCCUUUGAUACCAGGAUGUUUUUCUUACAAUGCACCUCUUUUGGCUACGGAAGAUUGAUUCAACUUUGGAAGAAUAAGAGUAAAGGCUCGAAAGAUAUAAGGAACGAUGAAGCUUUACAGCAGCUUGGAAGAAUUACUAGGCGUAAGCUGCGUAUUUCAAGAAAAACGAUAUUUGCGACCGGUCUCAAGAUUUUGUCUAAGUAUGGAAGUAGCCCUGACGUAUUAGAAAUUGAAUACCAAGAAGAAGCAGGGACAGGUCUAGGGCCGACAUUGGAAUUUUACUCUGUAGUUUCCAAAUAUUUUGCAAGGAAGUCGCUAAACAUGUGGCGUUGUAACUCUUACAGUUACAGGAGUGAAAUGGAUAUCGAUACUACUGACGACUACAUUACCACUUUAUUGUUCCCAGAGCCUCUCAACCCGUCUUCUAAUAAUGAAAAAAUUAUUGAGCUUUUUGGAUAUUUGGGGACGUUUGUUGCCAGAUCGUUGCUUGAUAAUAGAAUUCUUGACUUCAGAUUUAGCAAAGUCUUUUUUGAAUUGUUGCACAGAAUGUCUACGCCCGAUAUGACAACAGUGCCGAGCGACGUUGAAAGUUGUCUCUUAAUGAUUGAGUUGGUAGAUCCAUUACUCGCGAAAUCCCUUAAGUACAUAGUAGUCAAUAAGGAUAGCAAUACUGUCCUAGAAGCACUCUCCUUGACAUUUACCGUUCCUGGAAACGAUGACGUCGAACUGAUUCCGGGAGGUUGCAAUAGAUCCUUAAACUCUUCCAAUGUUGAGGAGUACAUCCAUAGUGUUAUCGACCAAAUAUUGGGUAAGGGUAUUGAAAAACAGUUAAGAGCAUUUUUUGAGGGUUUUUCGAAGGUAUUUUCCUAUGCCAGGAUGCUAAUACUUUUUCCAGAUGAAUUAGUGGAUAUUUUCGGACGGGUUGAGGAAGACUGGUCUAUGGGAACUUUAUAUACGAGCCUGAACGCUGAACAUGGCUAUACAAUGGAUUCUUCAAUCAUUCAUGACUUUAUAUCAAUAAUAUCCGCUUUUGAUAAGCACGAAAGAAGACUCUUUUUGCAAUUUUUAACAGGAUCUCCCAAGCUUCCAAUUGGAGGCUUUAAAAGUUUGAAUCCUAAAUUUACAGUUGUGUUAAAGCAUGCUGAAGAUGGUUUAACAGCAGACGAAUAUCUACCAAGUGUAAUGACAUGUGCUAACUAUUUGAAGUUACCCAAGUAUACUAGCAAGGAUAUUAUGCGGUCUCGUCUUUGUCAAGCCAUUGAAGAAGGUGCAGGAGCUUUCUUACUCUCCUAA